GCUGGGAUUGGGGUUUCCCCAAACCCCCUUCUCCGAUAGAGCUCGGACUAAGAAAGGGAAGAAUAAAGCGAAGAAAGAAUGAGCCAUUACUAUACUACACUCUACACUCUAUACUGCUUUCUCUUUCAUCGGUCAUCGCACUUUCUCUCUCUACUGCUACCAGGUCGAGCUUGGUCGGGUGGGCUAUAAAAAGAGGGGAGCGCCCAAACUCUCUCUCUCUCUCUCUUCAAAAGCGUCGUCAGUCAGACAGCGAUAGCACACGAAAAGCUCUGAGUUUCAGCUCGGGACUACUGGGAGCCUUCUUGGCUUAGCUUACUGUACUGUGCUCACUCAUUCAAGGAAAAAAAGAAAAGCCAAGGGAUUUGCUCUUCUCCUGCUUUCAUGGAGGUUUUGGAGAAGGAGAGUUGAGUUAAUUGGGUUGAUCUUUGGUGGAAUUGAGCUCCUCUGCUUCGCUUUCCGGCUUAAUGCACUCCAGAUUCGGGUUUGAAUUGAGGAUGGGGUUCAGCAGGGGCGUUGGCGCGAGGUUCAGGGUGUUGAAUCUGGUUCAGAGUUUAGGGUUUGAUGAGAUAAUGGUGUUGUUGAGGGUUGGAAGCCGGGAUCUUAUGCGCUAUAACUGACUGGAUAAUUAUAAUUUUUAAGGUAAUUAUACAACAUAUUAUAUAAUAGGGGGGGUGGAGCCUGGAGGUGGAGGAAAAAAUAUGAAGCUUUCAACAUCAGGAAUUGGUCAGCAGCCUCAUGAAGGAGAGAACAAGUGUUUGAAUUCAGAGCUAUGGCAUGCAUGUGCUGGUCCUCUGGUGUGCCUUCCCUCAGUGGGGAGUCGGGUGGUUUACUUUCCUCAGGGUCAUAGUGAACAGGUUGCGGCGACAACUAAUAAAGAAGUUGAUGGCCAGAUACCCAAUUAUCCUAACUUGCCAGCACAGUUGAUCUGCCAGCUCCACAAUGUCACAAUGCAUGCAGAUGUUGAAACUGAUGAAGUAUAUGCUCAAAUGACAUUGCAACCUCUCACUCUGGAGGAACAAAAAGAUACAUAUCUUCCUGUUGAGUUGGGAAUUCCUAGCAAGCAGCCCACUAAUUAUUUUUGCAAGACACUUACAGCAAGUGAUACUAGCACUCAUGGUGGCUUCUCUGUUCCUCGUCGAGCUGCAGAGAAAGUUUUCCCUCCUCUGGAUUUCUCACUGACACCACCUGCCCAAGAACUCAUUGCAAGGGAUCUACAUGAUGUUGAAUGGAAGUUCAGACAUAUUUUCCGAGGGCAGCCCAAGCGGCAUCUUCUUACUACUGGCUGGAGUGUGUUUGUCAGUGCCAAAAGACUUGUUGCUGGAGAUUCUGUUCUUUUCAUCUGGAAUGAGAAAAAUCAGCUGUGGCUGGGAAUUCGUCGUGCUACUAGACCACAAACGGUAAUGCCAUCAUCAGUUCUGUCAAGUGACAGUAUGCACAUUGGACUCUUAGCUGCUGCUGCUCAUGCUGCAGCUACCAAUAGCUGUUUCACUGUGUUUUACAACCCACGGGCUAGCCCAUCCGAGUUUGUCAUAGCUCUUUCAAAAUACAUUAAAGCUGUAUACCACACCCGUAUCUCUGUUGGAAUGCGUUUUAGGAUGCUAUUUGAAACAGAAGAAUCAAGUGUUCGGAGAUACAUGGGAACAAUUACUGGCAUUGGUGACUUGGAUCCUGUUCGCUGGCCAAACUCUCACUGGCGGUCUGUCAAGGUCGGUUGGGAUGAAUCAACUGCAGGUGAAAGACAACCAAGGGUAUCAUUAUGGGAGAUUGAGCCUUUGACUACUUUUCCCAUGUACUCAUCCUUAUUUCCCCUUAGGCUAAAAAGGCCUUGGUAUCCAGGACCCUCGUCUUUUCAAGACAGCAAUAAUGAAGUUAUUAAUGGAAUGACAUGGCUAAGAGGAGAAAUUGGCGAGCAAGGAGGGCCCCAAUCCGUGAAUCUUCAGUCUUUUGGUAUGCUUCCCUGGAUGCAACAGAGAGUUGAUCCAGCAAUGCUCCGGACUGAUUAUAAUCAGCAGUACCAAGCUAUGCUGGCGGCAGGCUUGCAAAAUUUUGGAAAUGCGGAUCUGUUCAAACAGCAAUUAAUGCAGUUUCAACAGCCUGCCCAAUAUCUUCAAGCUUCAGGUAGCCAUAAUCCCUUGUUACAGCAGCAGCAGCAAGUAAUCCAGCAACCAAUGUCUUCACACAUGCUACCUGCACAAACCCAAAUGCUAUCGGAUAGCCUGCAAAGGCAUCCCCAACAGCAAACCAGUGGUCAGACCGAGGAACCGACCCAGCAACAUGCUUACCAGGAAGCUUUCCCUGUCUCACAUGACCAGCUUCAGCAAAGGCCACUGUCAAAUAUUCCUUCUCCAUCAUUUUCAAAAACAAAUUUUGCGCCACCAGUUUCCCCUUCAAGCAUGCAGUCCAUGCUGGGUUCCCUCUGUCCUGAAGGGAGUAGUAAUCUGUUAAAUUUCAAAAGAACUGGUCAGUCUGCACUCAAUGAGCACCAACCCCAAGUCCAACAGUCCUGGUUGCCAAAAUUCGCUAACUCACAUAUCAGCACUUGUUCCAACUCAGUGUCAACCCCAUCAUAUCCUGGGAAAGAGGCAUCUAGUCAGCAGGAGACUUGUGCUUUAGAUGCUCAAAAUCAAUCCUUUUUCGGUGCUAGUAUAGACUCUCCUGGACUUCUCCUUCCUACUACAUUAUCAAGUGUUACUACUUCAGUUGUUGCAGAUGUGUCCUCUUUGCCAUCAGGGGCUUCUGGAUUUCAGAACUCUCCAUAUGGUUAUGUGCAAGACUCUUCUGAGUUGGUGUCCAGUGCGGGACAAGUUGACCCAUCAACCCCUCGUACAUUUAUCAAGGUUUAUAAAUCAGGAUAUGUUGGGAGGUCAUUGGAUAUCACCCGAAUAAGCAGCUAUCAUGAGUUACGACAGGAACUGGCUCAGAUGUUCGGGAUUGAAGGGUUACUUGAGGACCCGCAAAGAUCAGGCUGGCAGCUUGUAUUUGUUGACAGGGAGAAUGAUGUACUUCUUCUUGGAGACGACCCUUGGGAGGCAUUUGUGAACAAUGUCUGGUAUAUCAAAAUCCUUUCUCCCGAGGAUGUGCAGAAGCUGGGGAAGCAAGAAGCGAAAUCCCUUAGCCGAAACACAAUGGAAAGGAUGAAUGGCAGUGGCGCUGAUGGACGAGACCACUUGUCUGGAUUUCCAUCUCUAGGUUCGCUCGAGUACUGAGUUGUAUUUUGUGACUUUUUCUCGAUUCCCUACAUGUUCCACGACGUUUUAUGAUGCCAUCCAUCUAUCCAGACUCUAUUAACUUUAUGCCCCCAUUUGUAUGGUGUAGUGUUCUUGAAACCAUUUCUUAGGAGCUAAAUUUUCUUUUUUUACUGAAUUCUCAAGUACCCAGCAUCAGAUUUGAUCUAGACUAAAGAACUUGAAACCAUUGCAAUUCCUAGUUUAAGGAAGCAAGCUAUGUAAUGUUUUGAAAAUACCAGAUAACUAGUUUCUUUCUU